ACAUUGGUCCAACCUCUCAGCGACUGUUCGGUCGGUGUUGGAAGAUGAAGAUUGUUGUUAUACACUUCAUCUUUCCGAAAAUUCGCAAUUAAACAAAGUUUUCCGGUGUAAAAAUGGGGUUUCCCCUGAUACAAACCCUUGCAAGAAAGUACACACAUUAAGACUAAUCACAUUCUGUUAGUGUUCCGGUGUUAUUGCCGGGCCAGACAGCGCGCGCGUGUGUGUGUGUUUUGUGUAGUGAAGAAUUCGGUUUCAGCUUAGGUCCCAAAUGCUACACCGAUAACAAAUACAACGGUUCCCAGCGUUAACAUCCUGUGAAGCGGAAAAAUUAAUGUAUCUCGGACUAGGCGGCUGCUCAUGUGAAUUGGUGCAAAAAUGCGUUCGGAAUGUCACAACGGAGGCACCUCGUCGCCAAAGCGACGGAUGCACGUAGUAGGCAAUGGGAAGUCCCACCAACAGCAUCAACAUCAUCAUCGGCAGCAUCACCACCACAGCAGCCAGCAUGCCCGGGCGGAAGCGAUGAGCCAGGACAGAAACGCGGAUCUACCACCAACCAUGGCCGAACUGCCACCAUCCAGCGGAUCCUUUCUACACAUAUCAAUCACCAAGCUUGCCAUCGGUAGCCGGCUGUUCGUGAUCGUGCUGCAGCUCGUCGCUAACCUGCUACUGCCGGAUCACGAUGCAGGCGUUUUCAUUGCCCCGCACGACAAGGACGCACCCGAACGGCCACUCGAUGCGCUGGUACGCUUCACGCUGGGCGGGCUGAAUCGAUGGGAUGGCCAGUACUUCCUGCACAUUGCCGAGCACGGCUACACGUACGAGAAUGCGCUCGCGUUCUUUCCCCUGUUUCCAUUUAUCCUGAAGAUUGUGAGCAGUGCGCUCAGCAGCUACGAGGUGGUCACGUUCGUAAGCUACCGGGAGCUUUCCCUGCUGCUGGCAGUGCUGUUCAAUGUGGUGUGCUUUAUCGGUGCGGCCAAAGCACUCUACCGCCUGAGCAAGCACGUGCUCGGCAGCCAGAAGAAGGCGGAAAUCGCCGUCCUGCUGUUCUGCUUCAAUCCGGCUUCCAUCUUUUUCACCGCACCGUACACCGAAAGUUUGUACGCGUGGCUUUCGUUCGUCGUGAUGUACCAGUGCAUGGAGGACGUAACGUCCAUCUUCCUCACCAUCCCGCUCAGUCUUUCGAUUCUGUGCCGUUCGAACGGUAUGUUCAACAUCGGAUUCGUGCUCUUCUUUGCGGUGCGCCGCAUCACCGCCCAGUACAACUUCCACAACGUCAUCUGCAUCUGCUCGCGGCUCUUCUCGAUGCUGAUCAUUGUGCUGUUUCACUACGGCAUUGCGCAGGUGUACAACUACUAUCUGUUUUGCUUCGUGCAGAAGUUUAACUUUCCCGACCAUGUGCGCGAGUAUGCGGCGGAACACGGGCUCGUGCUGGCGGGCAACAAAUCGGACGAUUCGUCACCCUGGUGCACCAAUCUGCUGCCCCUGUCGUACUCGUACGUCCAGAGCCACUACUGGAAUGUGGGCUUUCUGCGAUACUACGAGCUGAAGCAGCUGCCAAACUUCCUGCUCGCACUGCCGGCCAUCUAUUUGACGCUGAGCAACUCCUACCAGUAUCUCUGCGAUCACUGGGAUUACGCCGUACGGUUAGGGUUGUUCCGGCUGACCAAAAAGCAGCACAAGCUGAUGCGUCCCUACGAUCGGUUCGCACUCGUGUUCGUCGUACACGCGCUCGCGCUGACCAUAUUUUCGUUGCUGUUCGUUCACGUGCAAGUUACCACCCGGCUGUUGUGUGCCGCCAGCCCCGUACUGUACUGGUACACGGCCGAAUAUUUUACCGGCGAGCGGACCUUCAUCCGGCGACAGGUGAUCCGCAAGCUGUCGAAGCAGGUCAAGGAUGGGGAGGAAAACAGCUGCACGCACGUGCUGAAUCACAUCGAGCUGAGCGAUCUGCUUGACUUUCGCUGGAUGAACGGACGCCAGCAGGCCAUCCUGGUGUACUUUUUCGGGUAUACCGUGGUGGGCACGGUAUUGUUUAGCAACUUUUACCCGUGGACCUAGGGCGUGACACCACCACGCGCCACCUUUACACUUCCUUUGCCGCUUACAGUUGCAGCGGACCACUAAACCGACCAUACUAUUACACGACCAAAGCAAAAAGACGGUGUUACCUAACACACACACACAUUCUACACACAUUGGGAUUACACUUAUCUCGUGCCUUUUUCGCUCUACAUACAAAACAUACAUAUUGCCAAAACUAUGAACAAAAUUAGAGAAAACACUAUUGUUCUCACGGGUUUAACCUGGUCACACUUACCGCGGACCGUUUUAACGACCAACAGGACCUACGCUUGCUCAUUUGCUCAUUGUUUGUGAAUUACGGCGGUUGCAAUGUUAUAAAAAUUGAAUUUCAAAAUUUGCCAAACUAACCACUACACCAAGCCAAAUCGGGAGAAGCGUUCAUUUUGUUGAUCCGGACUGUUUUGUUGUUUAUUUAGCGUUAGUAAGGGGUCUAGACUAGAGAACCGUAGCGGAAUCGCAUUUAAUUUAAGUACGCAAUUAAAAAACAAAACCAUUGGUUGUUGGAAGAAAAAACGCUUCGAUAGUCUGUAGUACGGUAGCGUAGUAAUGUUAAGUAAGUAUCUAUCAACCGCCUUGCAUUACCACCGAACACGAUUGUCGCCCCACUAUCACCCCAAGAGACCCCAGUGCAAGCCGAUCGCCGGCAUUGACCAUUUAGUUAGUCAAAUCAACAAGAAAAAGUAAGCGUGGUCAUAAAGUUCGCUAUAUAUGUAUAUAAUUAUUCUAAAAGAAGACAAAACCGCUGAACACGCAACGCAUGGAACAAAUGGAUCGACUUCCGUUCGAAACCGUUCGCCACUUGCGCCUCUACAGAGUGUGCUGAAACGGAUCGAAGAAACACUAAAGUGAAACUUGCAGAGCUACCCCUAAAUAUAUAUAAAUAUACUUAAUAAUAAAUAAAUCUAUAUAUAUUUAAACAGUAAGCCGUAUAUAAUAUACACAUCCUACCCCGGCUAGCACGAUUGAGGGCCAGGGGUAUGGAGAAAUCGAGCGAAAUGGGGGAAAAAUCCCGAAGCAAAAAUCCGUCAUAAAAGCCAUCACUUAGACGCGUUUUAUGACGAUUUUCAAAUUUCGACAGCUUUUCGCCCAUUUCUUCCAUUUCGCCCCUUGGCUGUUUCGUCGCGAUUUCUUUCAGUGUGUGCGUGUCAUCUAGCAUGAAUGUGGCACUGUGCGUGUGAUUGUUACCCUUUAUUGAAAUUCACAGCUGAAAACAUAAACAUUCAGAUUUCAAACCGCAAAGCAGCAUUCAAAUACAACUCAGCAGUUUCACCUGAAAAAUAAAUAAAUAAAACCAAAAUGUAAUGUCGGAACCACCAAAGAAAGGGCGCCUUUUUGCACUGCAACAACUGCCUUGGGCUGUAUUAUGCUCCACAGGCGCGAUCAUCCGUGUUUUUGGACCGCGAACGUCAUCAAGACCGACGCCGGAACCGUCUCUUGCCCCCGGUGCUGGUUCCAUGGAUAUCGCUACGCGACCGGCAGGAUCAUCUGCGACGUCGGAAUCUUCUACUGCUCUCACUGCUGGUUCCGUGGAUAUCGCUACGCGUCCGGCAGGAUCGAUGGAACAAAAGCGAGGAACGCAGCCCUCAACGAAAGCGAUACGUGGGAUGAUUCUUGUGCCUGCUAGUUCCGUGCGUGUUGUUCCACUAGCGACAAUGUCGUUAAAGCGUUCGCAUGGAUCGCAGCUGACCACAAGUGCGACGCCGGUACCAUCGGUCAUUCCCGCUGCUGGAUCCGUGGAUGGCAUUCCGUGAUCGUUAGGAUCGUUUGACGAACAAAUGCAAGGAUCGCAGCCGACUACAAGUGCGACGCCGAAAUCGUCUGUUGCUUCAGCUGCUGGUUCAUGCGCGCAUGACGUUGCGCGACCGGCAAAAACGACUGUCGUGCAUCAAGGAUCCCGUCAGCCGUCACCAAGCAUGACACCGGAACCGUGUGUUUCAUCACCGGGAUCAACAUUUCACGAAGAGCAGUCGUCAGCAAGCAGCAUUCAUCCGUCCACCGUAUCUAUUCAUGUAAAUAAGAACACAGAGUUAAUUCAAGCAAAAAGAACUUGUCCUGGGCACGAUUUUUGUUCACAAUGUUCAUUAUUAAAACUGGAUGCCCGAACUGCCCAAACGGCUGCGGUAGUGGCCACAAUACACCCGAUGAAAGGCGUGCGACGCAAUGCUCAAACCAUCCCGAUGCAAUAUAUAAGCAACGAAGAGUCACUGGACAGGUUUGAAGAGCAUCUUACAGAUGAAAAUUUGUUUUACACCUUCAUACAGCGUGCGGAUGCUGUACAAAAUUGGUUGCUUGAAGCUAUGGGUGGAGGUAGGAAAAAAAUAGGUUAAACAAGGUGUAAUAUUAGCGCAAAUGAAAUAACAGUAGGCGUUGCUAUGAACACAGUAGUAUGGAAAACAAUACGUUACCUUUUUCUGCCCGGUAAUGUGCAAUCCGAAUGAAAUAUGAUGAUCUCAAAACAGUAAUACUCUUGGCGUUGUUUACACACAUGGAAAGAUGCUAGAGUAUCAGCCACACACACAGCUUUUUUGAAGCAAUUUUUGUUAUUCCACGGCACUGCACAUAUCGGUAAUAAGUAAGAUCUGUUCAAAAUAAAGAAUAUUUAGAUUAUUUCACGAAUUUUUGCACAUAACCAAGCGGAUUGCGCAUGUUUACUUUCUGAACUCCAACAGAGUUUGUUUACACAUUUUUUGACAUAGCGGCGUUUUGCUCGCUUUUGACGCACGCACACAUUCAAAGACAGCACAGCGCAUGCGCUGCAACGAGCAAAACCGCUAGUUCGCCCGAGCGAGAUUGCCCCCCCACGAGUUUCACCCAUUUUCGCACGAUUUCUACAUACCCCUCACCUACAAACUGACCCGAAUUGUUUGCCGGGACUACUCCACAAACGGUUUUGCCAUCAUAGCAUAAUAACAAGAAGACUUUACAAAGCAGAUGAUUCGGCAACAAAAUGGGAAAUUUUUGAGUGAAAAGUAAAACAAAAAUGAAGAACCACUAAAAAAGGAAAUAAUCAUCUUUAAAAAAAUACCUAAAUAACGCAUCAUGUUUAAACGAAAAUCCUAAUACCGUUUUAAAGCUUUUCCCCCACUCGCUCUCAAUAAAGGUGGUGCAAACCGCGGAUAAAUUAAGCAAAGAAAAGUGACACUUACAACAAAGCACCUAAACACACGAACGAAAACAAUCAAACAAAUAUUUCCUUGUCAUAGCGGACAUCGUAGAACUGGGCAAUCGAACGAACUUAACAUAUUAUUGGGAGGAUAGGAGGGAAUGGGCGAACAGCAGAUAGCAGAUAAGUAAACAGUAGGUACAAUUGCAAUUCAACUGUUGAUUAUACAAUGAUCGGGCGCGGAACCAACACUACUAAUAACUGAAGUAAAACCAAACAGGAACAUCACGUUAUACACUGUACUUAGUCGUUGAGUAGCUGGUAAGGGAGACGGAGGUUCAACAUCAUCAUGUUAGUGAUUAGCUAGUAAUGGAGGUUUAAGAAUAUAAACGGGGCAUAUAAUAACUCACACAAACAUACACUAAACUUAUCGAAACCGUUAACCAAAAACGCAAUCUUAAAAGAUAUAAAAAAAACAACCAAAUCUUCCUCACGUAUAAAUCUAAUCGAAUCAAGAUAAAUUUGUAGAAUUGCUAUUUAAAAGCAGAUUUAAAAACGCACACACACACAGUCACCAGGUCGUGCUUUAUAUACACAUCUACUAUAAUCGAUUUUAACUACUUCAUAAACUUAACGAAACCUAACGAACCAGUUCAAUUACGCAAUGACAGCGCUGAAGUGGGGUAAUAUUGCUGAGAGUAGGUUAUACAAGCUGAAGAACAACUUCUGUAAGAAGGGUAAAUGGGGUGGCAGGAUUUUACAGGUCAGAAUUCAAUGGCAAGGGCUUACUGGCAGGUUUAGCAGCUCGAUGUAAAGUUUAAAACUUACAUACUAGCUUAAAAGGCGAUACAACUGAUUCGCAGUGGUUUACCGGCCUGCUGCAACAAUCCGCGAUAUCGCUCACGGUCCAGCGCCUUCGUGGCGGACGCAUCAACGCCAUCUGCGAUCAAUUCAACUGAUCAACUGAGAUGGAGUCAGUUUAGGAGAUUCUACCACGCCUCCUUUGUUUGUUCGUCUGGACAGCCCAAAAGAACUUUACAGGCUGGAUUGUCCGGUGUCAUGCUCAUGACAUGACCCGCCCACCGGAGCCUGGCGAGUCUAAUACGCUGCACGAUGGUGAGACGCCAGCGAUCCUUCUGAGCAACUUCCUUUCGAAUGCGGCUUAGAAGGGUUUCGUCCGUUUUGGACAGAGUCCAUAUCUCAGAGGUCUAUGUGAGUGUACUGGGGCCAUAAAUGUUCUAUACAGUCCCAGUUUCGUCCGCCGCGACAGGUAUUUUGAGUGGAGAAGUUUGCUCAGGCCGUAGUAUGACCGGUUGGCCGCCAGCACCCGAAACUCCAACCCGAGUUCUAGUGCCGCUCGCUCGAUCCUUUGGCAAAGUUUUGUUGCAUAGGAGAGCCUCAAACCAAAGAUGUCUUCGUCUUCAGCGUAUGCCAGGAUCUGGAUUGACUUGUAGAAGAUGGUCCCCGAAGUGUCCACCUCCGUAUCACGGAUGGCUCUCAGAAGACAGACAAAUCCAUAUCGUUGGCGCAUACGCUUGGUGGUAGUAAUGGACCGGAGAGAGUUUUCCAUCCACCUUCCCCUGGCAUGUGACGUUGGCCAUUCUCAGUUUUACACCCCCCGGUAAGCUUGGCCGGGAUUCCAAAACAGCUUCGGCAAAUAAUGCCUGGUUAAGCGAUAUGUUAACAUCUGCAUCUGACCAAUGAACCUCCAUUAACUCAUCGUCGGUCGAAUUCAUGCUAGCAGAAAGAAAAGCAAUGAAAUACAAUGCUUCAGUAAUUCAAUUCGAAUUUAAAUUUAAAUGUGGCAUCAAUUUGCAAUCCGUAGUUGUGUUUCCCGGGCAAAGGUACUAGAUAGAUUCCGAGGAGAGACAGAGCAGUUUAGCAACUAUUUAACGUUAAAAGGACUCGUUAUUAUAAACCCCCGUUUCUUCAUCUACUAAAUUUAGUGAAUAGGUAAAUACUUAAUUACUGCUGGGAGAUUGGUUGCGGGAGAGCGUCUCCUUACUUCUAGUCGUUACACCAAUUCGAUACAAAACUUGUUGAAGCAAACGUUUUUACAGAUCAAGAUCAGACUUUGGCUAGUAAUCGUUCGUGAUCUUUACUAUCUUCGACGACGUUUGGCGCGUUAGACAAUAUCUCUAUUGUUUCACUGUUAGACUAUUUCUAAUAGUAACUGCAAUAAACUGUUUCUCAAUCGAA